AUGGACGCUGCAUCCCUCUUCGAUGUUAAAGGUAAAGUUGUGCUGGUCACAGGGGGUGCCAAAGGAAUUGGUCGUAUGAUCUCCGAGGGAUAUGUUGUGAAUGGCGCAACUGUGUAUAUCACUGCUCGAGAUAUCAAGACUUGCGAGGCAGUCUGUCAAGAGUUGAACGCGCUUGGAAAAGGCAAGGCAUAUGCCAUCCAAGCCGACCUAUACAAAGAAGAGGACUGCAAGAAACUCGCCGAAGAGUUUGGAAAGCGCGAAUCUAAGCUCAAUAUCCUCGUCAACAACGCGGGCUCCAAUUGGGGUGCUCCUUACGACGAAUAUCCAUCAUCUGCAUGGACUCGUGUCCUUACUCUGAACCUUCACCGUGUGUUCAAUGUCACGCAACUUUUCACUCCGUUCCUUGAAAAGGGAGCUGGUGAACUGGACCCAGCGAGGAUAAUAAACAUUGGAAGCGUUGAUGGAUUACGAGUUCCAGCACUGGAGACAUUUGCCUACAGUGCCAGUAAAGCUGGUCUCCACCACCUAAGUAGGGUUCUAGCUAACCAUUUAGGAAGAAGGAAUAUCACCAAGAUGAUGAAGGCAACCCUAGACAAGUUCCAAGAGGUGAUUGAAGCUGGGAUCCCACUUGGGCGUAUAGGCACUCCUCAGGAUGUUGCUGGUGCUUGUCUUUUCUUGAGCAGCCGUGCUGGAGCAUACAUCAACGGCGCUACCAUCACAGUAGAUGGCGGAAGCGUCAUUGGAUCGAAGCUAUAA